AUGCUGGUGAUCCUGCUCAACUGUGUCACCCUGGGCAUGUUCCAGCCCUGCGAGGACGUGGAGUGCCAGUCGGAGCGCUGCACCAUCCUGGAGGCUUUUGACGACUUCAUCUUCGCUUUCUUUGCGGUGGAGAUGGUGAUCAAGAUGGUAGCCCUGGGCAUCUUCGGGCAGAAGUGUUACCUGGGCGACACCUGGAACCGCCUGGACUUCUUCAUCGUCAUGGCAGGCAUGAUGGAGUAUUCCCUGGACGGACACAACGUGAGCCUCUCCGCCAUCCGCACCGUCCGGGUCCUGCGGCCGCUGCGAGCCAUCAACAGGGUCCCAAGAUUAGAAGCACAGCAGCCUGUGCUGCUGGUGAACCACCACAAAGGCUCUGCUGUCAUGGAGAACAAAAUUGGGUUCAGCCAUGAUGGAGAGUUCAAGUGGCUCCUAAAUCCAUUUUCAAGUGGCUUCAGCUGCCUGUCUUCUAAAUCCAAUUUGAAAGACAAACCAACAAGUAUGAGGAUACUCGUCACCCUGCUCCUGGACACUCUGCCUAUGUUAGGCAACGUCCUCCUCCUGUGCUUCUUUGUCUUCUUCAUCUUCGGGAUUGUCGGCGUGCAGCUCUGGGCAGGGCUGCUCAGGAACAGGUGUUUCAUAGACAGGAACUUUGUAAUGACGUACAACCUCACCUUCCUGCAGCCCUACUACCGCACGGACGAGGCGGAGGAGAACCCCUUCAUCUGCUCCUCGCACCGGGAGAACGGCAUGCAGAAGUGCUCCAACAUCCCCAGCAGGAAGGAGUACAAGGUGGAGUGCACCCUGAGCAUAGACUCCUACACCCCGAGCUUGUACAGCCCUGACUUCAGCAGCAGGAAUGCCUGCAUCAACUGGAACCAGUACUACAACGUCUGCGUGGCUGGGGACCUCAACCCCCACAACGGAGCCAUCAACUUCGACAACAUUGGAUAUGCCUGGAUAGCAAUUUUCCAGGUCAUAACCCUGGAAGGAUGGGUUGACAUCAUGUAUUAUGUGAUGGAUGCACACUCUUUUUACAAUUUUAUAUACUUUAUAUUGCUUAUCAUAGUGGGUUCCUUCUUCAUGAUCAACUUGUGCCUGGUGGUGAUCGCCACGCAGUUCUCGGAGACGAAGCAGCGGGAGAACCAGCUGAUGCAGGAGCAGCGGGCGCGCUACCUCUCCAACGACAGCACCAUCGCCAGCUUCUCCGAGCCGGGCAGCUGCUACGAGGAGCUGCUCAAGUACCUCUGCCACAUCGCCCGCAAGGUGAAGCGCAGGACCCUGCGCCUCUACAACAACUGGCAGAGCAGGCGCCGCAAAAAGGUGAACCCCAACAGCGGGCAGGGCCAGCGGGGCAGGAAGAGGAUCGCCUCCAUCCACCACCUCAUCCACCACCACCACCACCACCACCACCACCACUACCACAUCAGCAACGGCAGCCCGCGGGGGCCGCCGCGCUCCAACCCGGAGAUCUGCGACCUGGAGCUCGAGGCGGUCAAGCCCGGGGGGCAGCUGAUGCUGCCCUCCCCCUCGGCCAAGCCGCGGGGCCCCGCUCCGGCCGCCGACGCCGAGGCCGUGCACAGCGUUUACCACGCCGACUGCCACGUCGAGGGGCCGCAGGGCGGCUGCAGGCCUCCCGCCGCCCCCGCCGGCCUCAAACUGACCUCUGGGCCGGCCAACCACGGCAGCAUGAACUACCCAACCAUCCUGCCCUCUCCCACCGGCAGAGCCAGCUCUGCCCCGGGCCCCAAAGGCAAGAGGAACGGCAGCUCGCCCGCGGCUGUGGCUAACAGCCCUGGAAGCCUGGGCGCGGAGUCCUAUGGCAAGCUGCAGCAGCUGGUAGGAGAGCAUGCGCUGCGGCGGACGCCCAGCCGGCUGUCGGGGCUGAGCGUGGCCUGCCCGCUGCCCAGCCCACCCCCUGGCACCCUGACCUGCGAGCUGCAGGACUGCCCCUUCUGCGCCAGCCUCCUGGAGGACCCCGAGCUGGCCUUCAGUGACUCCGACAGCUGCGACUCCGACGGCAACGGCGUCUACGAGUUCACGCAGGACCUGCGGCACGGCGACCACAGGGACCAGCUGCAGCAGCAGCGGGGCAGGAGGAGGAGGAAGAAGAGGAAAGCCAGGGAGAGGAACAAGGUCGCCCAGCUGUGGAAGGCCUUCGGCAGCAAGCUGAAGAGGAUCGUGGAGAGCAAAUACUUCAACCGGGGCAUCAUGAUCGCCAUCCUCGUCAACACGCUGAGCAUGGGCAUCGAGUACCACGAGCAGCCAGACGAGCUGACCAACGCCCUGGAGAUCAGCAACAUCGUCUUCACCAGCAUGUUUGCCCUGGAGAUGCUCCUGAAGCUCCUUGCCUUUGGCCUCUUUGGCUACAUCAAGAACCCAUACAACAUCUUUGACGGGAUCAUCGUUGUCAUCAGCGUGUGGGAGAUCAUUGGGCAGUCGGAUGGAGGCCUCUCGGUGCUGCGAACCUUCCGGCUGCUGCGGGUGCUGAAGCUGGUGCGGUUCAUGCCUGCCCUCCGCCGCCAGCUCGUGGUCCUGAUGAAGACAAUGGACAACGUGGCCACCUUCUGCAUGCUGCUCAUGCUCUUCAUCUUCAUCUUCAGCAUUCUUGGCAUGCAUCUUUUUGGAUGCAAGUUCAGCCUGAAAACUGAUACAGGAGACACAGUUCCAGACAGAAAGAAUUUUGAUUCCUUACUUUGGGCCAUUGUGACAGUCUUUCAGAUCCUCACUCAAGAGGACUGGAACGUGGUCCUGUACAAUGGGAUGGCCUCUACCUCCUCAUGGGCAGCACUCUACUUUGUGGCCCUGAUGACCUUUGGCAAUUAUGUGCUCUUCAACCUUCUCGUUGCCAUUCUGGUCGAAGGCUUCCAGGCAGAGGGUGAUGCCAACAGGUCAGACACAGAUGAGGACAAGACCUCUGCCAACUUUGAUGACGACUUUGAGAAGCUAAAGGACCUGCGAGCAACAGAGAUGAAGAUGUACUCCCUUGCUGUCACCCCCAACGGCCACCUGGAGGGCAGGGGCAGCAUGCCACCUCCCAUUAUCAUGCGCACCGCUGCCACACCGAUGCCCACACCGAAGUGUUCCCCACACAUGGACUCAGUGCACACCUUUGUGGACUCAAGGAGGGGGAGUAAUGCAUCCCUGGACCCCGUGAGCCACGACCAGAAGUCUUUGUCCAGCCUCCGCAGCUCCCCUUGCGCCAACUGGGGCACCAGCAGCAACUGGGGGAGCCGGCGCUCGAGCUGGAACAGCCUGGGCAGAGCCCCCAGCCUCAAGAAGAAGAACCAGUCCGGGGAGAGGGAGUCCCUGCUCUCCGGGGAGGGGAAGGGCAGCACCGACGACGACUCCGACGACGCCAAGUCCAGCACGGUCAGCAGGCACUCGCUGCACCGCCGCGCGGAGUCCCUGGACUGCCGCAGCUCCCUCGACCUGCCCGAGCUGCUCCAGCUGCCCGGCCUGCGCCCCGCGCUCGGCCCCGGCGCCCUCCUGCCCGCCGAGCACCAGGACUGCAACGGCAAAAUGCUCCACGUGCCCGGGGAGUUCCUCCUGCGCGUCGAGGGCCACAAGGAGGACGCCGCCGACUACGAGGACGACGGCGAGGACAGUUACUGCUACCGGAUCCGCAAGGCGCUGGAGCCCUACAAGCCGCAGUGGUGCAAGACUCACGAGGACUGGGCCCUCUACGUGUUCUCCCCACAGAACAGGUUCCGAGUGAUGUGCCAGAAGGUCAUUGCCCACAAAAUGUUUGACCACGUGGUGCUGGUCUUCAUAUUUCUCAACUGCAUCACUAUAGCCCUGGAGCGGCCAGACAUAGACCCCCACAGCACGGAAAGGAUAUUCCUAAGUGUCUCGAAUUACAUCUUCACUGCAAUCUUUGUGGCUGAAAUGAUGGUUAAGGUGGUAGCUCUUGGCUUUUUCUCUGGGGAGAACACCUAUCUGCAAAGCAGCUGGAAUGUCCUGGAUGGAGUCUUGGUCUUUGUUUCCAUCAUUGACAUCAUUGUCUCCAUGGCCUCAGCAGGAGGAGCCAAGAUCCUGGGUGUCCUUCGUGUUUUGAGGCUUCUGCGGACCUUGAGGCCUCUCCGAGUCAUCAGCAGAGCCCCAGGUCUGAAGCUGGUGGUGGAAACCUUGAUCUCAUCCUUGAGGCCUAUUGGGAAUAUUGUUCUCAUCUGCUGUGCUUUCUUCAUCAUCUUUGGAAUUCUGGGAGUCCAGCUUUUUAAAGGCAAGUUCUACUACUGUGAUGGGCCUGACGUGAAGAACAUCACCACCAAGGCAGACUGCACCAACGCUCACUACCGAUGGGUGCGCAGGAAGUACAACUUCGACAACCUGGGGCAGGCCCUCAUGUCCUUGUUUGUCCUCUCCUCCAAGGAUGGCUGGGUGAACAUCAUGUAUGAUGGCCUGGAUGCUGUGGGUAUUGACCAACAGCCCAUCCAGAACCAUAACCCUUGGAUGCUUCUCUACUUCAUCUCCUUCCUGCUCAUCGUCAGCUUCUUCGUGCUCAACAUGUUUGUGGGGGUGGUGGUGGAGAACUUCCACAAGUGCCGGCAGCACCAGGAGGCGGAGGAGGCGCGGCGGCGCGAGGAGAAGCGGCUGAGGCGCCUGGAGAAAAAGCGCAGGAAAGCCCAGCGCAGGCCUUACUACGCCGACUACUCCCCGGCGCGCAAGUACAUCCACAGCCUCUGCACCAGCCACUACCUCGACCUCUUCAUCACCUUCAUCAUCGGCGUCAACGUCAUCACCAUGUCCAUGGAGCACUACAACCAGCCCAAGUCCCUGGAUGAAGCCCUGAAGUACUGCAACUACGUGUUCACCAUCGUCUUUGUGUUCGAGGCCGUGCUGAAGCUGGUGGCCUUUGGCUUUCGAAGGUUCUUUAAGGACAGGUGGAACCAGCUGGAUUUGGCCAUAGUCCUCUUAUCAAUUGUGGGGAUCACCCUGGAGGAAAUUGAGAUGAACGCUGCUCUGCCCAUCAACCCCACAAUCAUCCGCAUCAUGAGGGUGCUGAGGAUAGCCAGAGUGUUGAAACUGCUUAAAAUGGCCACUGGGAUGCGAGCUCUGCUGGACACAGUGGUACAAGCACUGCCCCAGGUAGGGAACCUUGGCCUACUUUUUAUGCUCCUGUUUUUUAUCUAUGCUGCCCUGGGAGUGGAAUUGUUUGGCAAGCUGGACUGCAGUGAGGAAAACCCUUGUGAGGGUCUCAGCCGGCAUGCAACCUUCACCAACUUCGGCAUGGCCUUUCUCACCCUCUUCAGGGUGUCCACAGGGGACAACUGGAAUGGUAUCAUGAAGGACACCCUGCGGGAGUGCACCAGGGAGGACAAGCACUGCCUCAGCUACCUGCCUGUCAUAUCUCCUGUCUACUUCGUCACCUUCGUCCUCAUCGCGCAGUUCGUCCUGGUCAACGUGGUGGUGGCAGUGCUGAUGAAGCACUUGGAGGAGAGCAACAAGGAGGCCAAGGAGGACGCAGAGAUGGACGCUGAGAUCGAGCUGGAGAUGUCCAGAGGAGCGACCACCUCGGGCAGCAGUGGCAGCCGGGCUGGGGCUGUGGCCCCGGAGCGCAGAGCCCCCUGCAGGAGCCAGGAGGCCGUGAAGCCGGAGCCGGCGACGCAGGGCGCUGCAGCCUCCCUGAGGCCACAGGAGCCUCAGAACCUGCUGACCGUGCGCAAGAUCUCCGUGUCCCGCAUGCACUCCCUGCCCAACGACAGCUACAUGUUCCGGCCAGUGAUGCCAGCCAAAGCCCCCUUCCCCCUCCAUGAGGUGGAGAUGGAAACCUAUCCCUGCAAAGCCCAAAGAGGUACUGCUUGUGGAAUGUCCCCCUCCUCCUCCUAG